UAUUUUCGAAAGUGAUUCAAAAGAUAAAACUGUGAAAAAACUUCGUGCAUGGACUCGUGUAGAACUCUCUACAUAUCGUAGAUUAGAAGGACAGUAUCCAGGACGUUCUGAACGACUUGCUCAUAUUCGAAAUGUCUUAAUGGAUAAAGCACAUGUUUCAUCAGCUGAUUACAUUUUUGUUGUUGACUUAGAUAGAAUUUCAACAACUGUUCCCUCUUUUCUUUCAAAUUUUAAAUAUGAUACAAAUCAAUGGUCAGUCAUGACAGCAACAUCACAUAAUAACUAUUAUGAUAUUUGGGCAUUACGCACCUUAUCGAACUCAAUUAUGAAUUAUGAUAUUUGGCGUCGAGUGUCAGAACUGGAACGAUCUCCGAGCAACUAUUGUCACCGGUCACUUCUUGAUGGAAUUUAUGGAAUUCAUAAAAAGCGUAUUCCGAUUGAACAUGACUUAAUUGAAGUACGUUCAGCCUUUAAUGGUGCUGGAUUAUAUAAAGUAAAUUCGACAUAUAACUGCAAAUACGAUGGUAAUCGUAUUUGUGAACAUGUGCCAUUUCAUUUGUGCAUACGAGAAAAAAAUCAAGCAAGAAUAUUUAUUAAUCCCGAGUUUCGAGUUAGUUAA